CUCUCUUCCUUUUCUUUCUUCCUUUUCUCAAUCUCUUGAUUUCUUUUGUGCAAUUCUUUUGUUCUCAUCUUCUUUAUCGUCAUCUGCUUUUCUAUCAACAAUUCCAUCCGGGUUAAGGAUAUACUUAUAGAAAAUAUAAGAUCAAGAGUCCAUCCCCAUCCCAAACGGGAAAAAGUGGUCCUGGUCCAUUCGAAACCAGUAGUGCGACCUCCAUUUCGAUCUACCUUUUCCUUCCUUUUAUUCUCUUGAUCGUGCUUUUUUUUCUGAUCUUCUCUUUUUUUCCUCAUUCUUAUUUUUUUUUUCCAAUCCUCCCUCUUCCUCCUUCUUUCUCCCCUCCCCCUCGAUCGAUUCAUCGUGUGCAUGGUCGUUGAACCUGUCAAACCACCCAUCGUGCCAAUCAACCACCCUUCUCCACACCCCCCUCCUCCUCCUCCUCCUCCAGGCUCGUCCUUUGCGAUCGGCCACGCCCACGCCUCACAUCUUCUCUUGUUGCGCCCCCGAGAACCCUCCUAACUCCUCCCCGUGCGCUUGACCGGUCGAUUAUUUCUUCCCCGACUCGAUCUUCCCUCUCCCACUUGGAUCGUGAUAUUCAACAUCCAUAUCACUUGACAUACGAUUUUAUAUUUUUAUAUAUAUAAUCUUGGGAUAAAUAUACAUCAUGUCGGACGCAGACCAAGGUUGGAAGCCAAGUGGUCGCAUUCGCCCGCAGUCGACCAUGGCUCAGGCUUUCUCAACUGCCCUUGACAGUGCCUUUUCUUUAGACUCGGAUGUGACCGAGCUGUCCCAGAGUGUGGACAACAAGAGAUAUCAAAUGAUGAUCCAGAACAAGGAACUGGAAGAACUCCAGACUAGGAUCCGCGAGGCCGAAGAACGUCUGAAGGCCCGCCAGCCCGUCCCUGGGAGCGGUUCGCGAAACCCCCAUGCCCAGACCGGGGACUACCAACAAUCCGCUGCAUCCACGUCAGCGACCACAUCCCCCACGGACACCGCAGGCCAGUACUCCAGCGGGGAUGAGCAGCGAUACCAGCAUGCCUCCCGCAAUUCGUGAGCGAUCGACCGUCGAAAAUCGCGUCAUCCUGGGAUCGUCCCUCUCACUCUCCUUCUAAUCACCAACUAUUAUUAUUACCCUUUUUUUUUUGUUUUUGUGGAUCGAUCCAAUCGAUCGAGUUCGAGUCGGUACCGAACGGGGUUGGAAUGGAUUUGGCUUCAUUCGUUUUACUGUUAUCUGGCGGGGCAUAUUUGGAGAAAUUGGUUUUGGUCGUCGGUUUUAUUCCCCUCUACGUCGUCCAGGACUGCAUCGGUUGUGCGGUGGACGACGUCCGUUCUUCUCUUCUCCCUUCUAGUGGCUCUCACAGUAUGUCAGUUGCCUCUUCCUCGCUACGGCGACGGGGCAUGGCGACUGAUGUUUGAGGGACCUGAUUAUUUCAUCGCGUGCUACCCCCCGGUCUUCGACAGGGGGUAGUCUUCGCUUUUGUGGCGUAGUCUUCGUUUGCAUGUUUGCUAAUCUUAUAAUUUGUGUUGGAUUUGCAUUGGUGGAUAUCCCAGCUCGAACCCCUCUCGAUGUAUCUGUAAGAUGCGUCCCUGUAUGAAUAAUUCCG